CGUGGUAACAAUAUUUUACUCUCAGGAGCAGCUCGCGACCUUAUGGUACAAUUAUUGAAUGAUUCAGACUCAUGGCGAGUGAGAUUUUCAUCACAACAAACUCCGUGGUUGUGAGCAAUGUGUUGUAAACUUGUGAAGCAACUUUUUCAUUUCUCAAUCAAAUUGGCGAACCGAUGCUAAUUUUUUUUCCCGAAAUAACUCUUCUCAAAAAAGUCGUACCAAACGAACCAAGGGAAUCCUGUUUAUAUCUAUCGGUAAUUUUCGCAAGCCAAUGAGAAGCAGAUUCAAAAGGAGUCAAAACUAUGAAUAAAAAAGAAUAAUGUAACGCGUCUAUACCGCGCUGUUAAUUGCACGAGCAUUGAAGUACAAUGUAUACCUGAUAUAGCGAGAGUUGGAAAUCCGUCUCUUUCUAUCUUAAGACGACAAGUGGUUUUUUUCCUACUUGCCUAGCCAUAGGUGAAUGGGAAUAUGAUCUUAUGAAAAUGUAGCUAUAACCGGGAGCGGUGUGUUAUUAAAAAAGACAAAAAACCGUCUUGACGGUAAAAUAAUAAGUCGUGAUAAUUUAUCCUUGAUUGUCAGUGUUUAGUUCUGACGACCCGUCCCAUCCGGCGCCUAAGGAGAAUAAUAAUAUGGCGGGAAAUUUUAUGGAAGUAAAAGAUGGAAGGACUCGUUUUUUACCUUCGGAACGAUGGCGAAUUAUGCGAAAUAUAUUGAUGAUCGGAUUCGCUUUUAUGGUACAUUUUACGGCUUUCAUGGGAGCAAGCAACUUACAGAGUUCCGUGAACGCCGAUCAAUCAUUGGGCACAUUUUCUCUGGCUUCUAUUUACGGUAGCUUAAUUCUGAGCAACAUAUUUCUACCUGUAUUGAUGAUAAGUUGGCUCGGAUGCAAAUGGACAAUAUCGUUGACUUUUAUAUCGUACAUGCCGUUUAUAGCCGCACAAUUUUAUCCAAAAUUUUUCACGAUGAUUCCGGCCGGAUUUGCCGUUGGUCUUGGUGGCGGACCUUUAUGGUGCGCAAAGUGUACUUAUCUGACAGUUGUAGCCGAGGCAUAUGCAAGUGUCUCAGAUUUGAGCGCAGAUGUGUUGGUCACAAGAUUCUUCGGCCUAUUUUUCAUGUUCUAUCAGAUGUCACAAGUCUGGGGCAACCUUAUCUCGUCGGCAGUUCUGUCGUACGGUAUCGAAACAGCACCUAGUAACAACACACUCAACAGCACUGUUGUCGCACAGAUUUGCGGAGCCAAUUUUUGUGGAGCAUCGAGCGAUCCGGGUGAAAAUCCAAAUCUCGCGCCACCCCCUGUCGAACGGAUUCACCUGAUCUCUGGAAUAUAUUUAGGAUGUAUGGUGCUCGCCGUUCUCAUCGUAGCCUUCGGUGUUGAUUCUCUUUCGAGAUAUGACAGAGGCAGAACUGGAUCAACAACUGGACAAUCGGGCCUGAGAUUGCUGGCUGUGACCUUAAGAUUAUUAAAAGAAAAAAAACAGUUACUCAUCCUUCCAAUUACUUUGUUCAUUGGAGCGGAGCAGGCGUUUCUUUUCGCGGACUUUAACGCGUCAUUCGUGUCGUGCGCGUGGGGCAUCAGCAACAUCGGUUACGUAAUGAUUUGUUACGGUGUUGCAAACGCAAUUGCUGCGAUCGCUACGGGCUCCGUGGUCAAGCUCACGGGCAGGCCUCCGGUCAUGGCGUUUGCAUUUUUACUUCACGUGUUUCUCAUCGUAACUCUGUUGCUGUGGAAACCGACUCCUGAACAGGGGAUUGUAUUCUUUCUCGCGUCCGGACUGUGGGGUGUUUGCGAUGCGAUUUGGCUGGUUCAAGUUAACGCUUUGAGCGGUAUCCUGUUUCCUGGGAAAGAAGAAGCUGCUUAUUCGAACUUUCGGUUGUGGGAAGCAACUGGAUCCGUAUUGGCAUACGCCUAUAGUCCAUAUUUAUGCACGAAUAUAAAGCUGUACCUGUUAUUAACAAUCCUAUGCGUAGGAAUCAUUGGAUACGCAGUUAUACUUCGGAAUAAUCGAGGCGGAACAACCGCCACGGGUGAAAUUCCAGAUUUUGAACUAGUUGCAACCAGAGAAAUUAAACACGAUGAUUAAAACGGCACAAUUGAAAUAGCAAUUAAUAAAUCAUUAUCCUGGAUUACGAA